UCUUCCGUAAACGUCACUUUGGCGGGAAGUUGUAGCCACUUCGUAAGGACACAAAAACAUUUUUUAACACAUUUUACCCUUUAAACAGUGAGUAACUUAGUUCAUUGACGAGAUAUCCACAAUAUAUAUAUAUCAGCCGAUUGAUCCCGUCAAUACUGUGAUGUCUACUUCAUCCGUGUCGAAGGGCUGUUUCGUUUUUAAGCCAAGUGCUAAGAAGAAGAAGACACCGAGUUUGGAGGAUUAUUUCCUGCACGGUUGUGAUGCAGCUGAACACAGAGAAACCAGAUUUAAACUCUGCCAAGAGUUAUGGGACCAGAUUAAAGCAGAUACAGAGGUUUUACAGGAUGAACUCAACAGGAAAAUAUUGGACAGUUUGCUGGACUUCACGAGGAAGUGCUCUUUCACUCGCCAGCACAGUGACUGGGCAGCGCAGAUGAGGGCGAGUGAGAUUCCCACGGCGGCCCUUGUGCUCGGUGUAAAUGUCCCAGACCACGACAUGACCUUCCAGAGUCUGUCUGACCUGCUCCAGCAGUCUGUCAGCCCUCAUGUGGCCUCUGUGCAGGCCAAAGAGUGCGGUGCAUUGAAGCAUUUGAUGAAGAGAGUCCUGGAGAGGUUAAUGGGCACCGCAGUGACUGUGGAUGAUGAUGAGGAGGAGGAGGAGGCUGAGCACGCCAACACCCCACUGCACAAGAGUGUGCACUGCUCGCUCAGUACACUCUGUGAUUGGUACAAUGCAAAAACAAAGAAAUCCAGUUCUGAUACUCCUGGAAAAAAGCGUAGCUCUCCAGUCAGAGAGGAUCCACAGCAGCCUCCUGUUGUCAUUAUUUUCAAAGAUUUGGAGGCUUUCAACCCAAGAGUUCUUCAGGACUUCAUUCUCAUAUGCAGCCGCUACAUUCAACGUCUCCCGCUGAUGUUCAUCUUUGGUAUUGCUACAUCUCCCAGCACCAUCCAGCGCAUACUGCCCCACUCUGUGUCCUCUCUGCUGUGCAUAGAACUCUUCCAGUCUCUGUCCUGCACACAGCACCUGGCUACAGUCAUAGACAAGUUGAUCCUGACCCCACACUUCCCCUUCAAGCUCAAUGGUAAAGUGAUGCAGGUGCUGGUCAGCAUCUUCCUCUACCACGACUUCUCAGUGAGAAACUUCAUCAAGGGCGUUCAGCUGGCCCUGCUGGAGCACUUUCACUCACAGCCUCUCAGCGUGCUCUGCUGUAAGAAGAAGGAGGCUCUGCUCAACGUGAUGCAGCUAAGUCAGAGCGACUUGGAGAGGAUCAGGCAGCUGCCGUCUUUCGAAAGGUAUGUAGAGAAGCAGGAACCUCAGGAACAGCUGAACCUGUCGACGGAUGACACUCACUUAAAGGUCGUGUGUCAGAAGCUGGUUAAGGAGCUCCGUAAAUAUCACAAGAACUAUUAUCCCAUCCUGAGGUGUCUCCAUACUCUGACAACAUCUUUACCUCGAUAUCCACUCGGAAAACAGAUUAGAGAGCUCCAUAUAACAUGUCUUGAGAAGAAUGUUUGGGAAUAUGAGGAAUACCAGUCAGCCAUGAAGCUUCUGAAGAUGCUCGCUAAAGACGAGCUGAUUGCUUUGCUGCAGAGGUGUGUGGAGAUUUUGCAGCCCGUCAAGUCAAAAAAAAUGAAGAACGCUUGGGUCCAACUGGAGGAACUGCUCGCCAAACUCAAGCAGCUGGACACAGUAGUUGCUGAAGCUCCUCCCUGUGUGGAAGAAAGUCUCACAUCUCCAGUGAAAAAUCUUGGAAAGAAAACUGAUCUGUUCCAGCUGCAGAAGACGCUGCUGGAAAUGAACGAGACUCGGAGAGCCAAGAAGCUGAGUCCGUUUGAGGUUCUGCGUAACGAAGCUCUGGAGUUCAUUGACGGCUUAGUGAAGACUCACCUGGCCACCCCUGAGUCUCAGACACUGAAUGAAGUUUGCUACUACAGUUCUUCUGCCACUGUGAGACGCCACCUCAACGCAACACCACGCACCUCCAUUCAGGCUGCUCUCAACAGUCCUUACUAUUAUCUACAGAACAACAGUCUAAUAACUGAGGACGGCUCCGUCUCUAAUGCGGCUCCUGAUAUCUGCGUCGUGUACAAACUCCACCUGGAGUGUGGCAGGCUGAUUAACCUCUACGACUGGCUAGAGGCCUAUUCUACUGUCGUUUCUGCUGCUGAGGGCAACAACCCUGAUUCUGACAGUUUCGGCAAAGUGGACGAAGUUAAACACGCUCGUUUCAUCCGAGCCGUGUCCGAGCUCGAGUUUCUGGGCUUCAUCAAGUCCACCAAACAGAAGACUGACCAUGUGGCUCGACUCACCUGGGGGGGCUGCUGACCUUAGAAAGAAAACGUGCACAUCUGUGGUCCCUAUCUCGCUCCAUUAUGGCUCUAAUCAAAUUGGAUUUACAUUUUUGUACUGUAUUUUCCCCUCUAAUAAAAUAUGAAGUGUCUGAUAA